UCAGGAGGAGCAUUCAAAAGCAGAUUGAGUACAGGUGCCUGAAGGACGGCAACUGUCUGGUCAUCAGAAUAAGUCGGAACCGCUGCCAGUACUGCAGAUUCAAGAAGUGCCUAGCUGUCGGCAUGUCCAGGGACUCUGUGAGAUACGGCAGGGUGCCGAAACGUUCGAGGGAACGCGGCCCCGAAGACGCGGUACCGACCACCACGACAACCACCGCCACCACCGGUGUACAGCAACUAACUUCUCCCGCUGGUACCAACAAUAACAACAACAACACCAGCAAUAACAACAACAACACCAGCAGUCAAAACAACAAUAACAACAGCCAGGCCCAGAACGCUAUACCUUGCGUUCCUCCGGCCGCGGUGGUCGAAGCGGAUCAGUCAGACGCGGACGUGAAACAGUUGGCCGUGUACGACGUGAUACUUCAAGUUUCUCAGGCGCACCACGCUCACUGCGGUUUCACCGAGGAAUCAACCAGGGGCAUCGUCCGGAAACCGAUGAUAAUACCGCCCGCCAGUCCAGAGGACCCAGAGGCGGCAUCCUCAACAGCAGAAACAGUUGAAUCGCAAAGGAUCUGGCUUUGGCAACAGUUCGCCACCAGAGUAACGCCGUCGGUGCAAAGGGUGGUGGAGUUUGCCAAAAGGGUGCCAGGAUUUUGCGAUCUUUCGCAGGACGAUCAGCUGAUCCUGAUUAAGGUCGGUUUCUUUGAGGUCUGGCUAAGCCAUAUCUCAAAGAUGACCACUGACAGUUCGAUGACAUUCGAGGAUGGUACUUAUAUCACUAGGCAACAAAUGGAAUUGAUGUACGAGCCAGACUUUGUGUCCGCUUUGAUGCAAUUCACAUCGGCCCUAAACGCCCACCAAUUGACGGACACCGAGUUAGGCCUUUUCUCCGGUGCCGUUCUUCUCGGUGAGAGGCCAGGCCUGAACGACGUGAAAGCGGUGCAGAGGCUUCAGGAUCGUCUUCUGGAAGCACUGAAGGUACAAGCGUUACGGAAUCACACGGUUUCCGGCGAGGCUACCUCCGCAGGCGGCUGUUCCGGCGUCUCGAGCGUCUCACAAAGGAUACCAGAAUUAAGGGCCCUGGGUGCCAGACACGCGAAUCUCCUCGAUUGGUUCAGGAGGAACUGGACCAAACUCAAGUUGCCACCCCUGUUUGCCGAGAUAUUCGACAUUCCCAAGUGCGAGGAAGAUCUUCAGUGAAGAGAAUGUUUCAGAGUACAUCGAGUUAAUUCGACGAAAACGAAUGGCCCUGCCAGGGAUAGAGGGAGAGAAUCUUUCUAAUAGCCGGCGCUCAUCGCACAAACGUGGCUUCUCGAACCUCGAGAACGAUUUGUUUUCGCGUGAGAAUCGCUGCGAUCUGGCACAAUAUGGCGGCUCAAUCACGCCACCACAGCGAUUCCGUCGUGUGCUGUUCGCCUCAUUGACGUACG